AUGGCACGUCUGUUGAGGAAUUACCGUGUCCUGAUAGCCGCUUUGGCUACAGUGAUGCUUAUUUUACUUUUGAAAGCAUCAUCUAAUUCACCGACAUCCAUCGAUAUUUCAAGAUCGGUUGCAUCUGGUAUUAGUAGACUAGAGAAUCCAAACGAAGCUGAUGAUAGCGUUUCCGCACUUCCUAUUUCCAACACAUCUGGUUUCGUUGCUGAUGAAAAGACAGACUCAAAGAAUCCUGAGUUAACAAAUGCGUUGAAAUCAGCUACAGGUGCCAACUGUGAUGAAAAAGACACGCAGUUUGUUAUCAUGGUUGAUGCUGGUUCCACUGGUUCCCGUGUUCAUAUCUAUGAAUUUAACACUUGUACCUCCCCACCAACCUUAGUGAAAGAAACUUUUGAUAUGUUAAAGCCUGGUCUAUCAUCUUUUGAUACAGAUUCUAUCGGUGCCGCUAAUUCUUUAGAUCCUUUACUACAAAAGGCUCUAGAUGUAAUUCCACUUGACAAGCGAAGCUGUACGCCAAUAGCAGUGAAAGCCACAGCAGGUUUGAGACUUUUGGGGGAAGCCAAGAGUGACAAAACUUUAGCUGCUGUCAGAUCACAUUUAGAGAACGAUUAUCCAUUUGCUGUUGUCAAAGGUGAUGGGAUUUCUAUUAUGAGCGGUGAAGAAGAAGGUGUCUAUGCAUGGGUUACCACCAAUUAUUUGUUGGGUAACAUUGGCAGUAAAGGUGAUAAAUUACCAACUACUGCAGUUUUCGAUUUAGGUGGAGGUUCCACACAAAUUGUUUUCGAACCAAGUUUUCCUCCAAAUGAAAAAAUGGUUGAAGGAGAAUACAAGUAUGAUCUAUCCUUUGGUGGACACGAUUAUUCAUUAUACCAAUUUUCCCAUUUGGGCUAUGGUUUAAUGCAAGGUAGAAACAAGAUAAACGCUGUUCUUGUAGAGACUGCUAUUAAAGACAACAAGAUUACUAAGGGUGAUACCACGACAACACACCAAUUGGUUUCUCCGUGUUUACCACCUGGUGUUUCUGCUUUGAAAGAGACAGUCAAGUUGGAGGACGGUAGUACAUAUCUCGUUGAUUUUGAAGGGCCAAAGGUUGCAACGGGCGCACAAUGUAGAUUCAUUGCUGAUAGCAUCUUGAAUAAGGAUGCUGUCUGUUCACAACCACCUUGUUCAUUUAAUGGUGUUCACCAACCUUCUUUGGUUCGUACUUUCAAGGAAACUAGUGAUCUUUACAUUUUCUCCUACUUUUAUGACAGAACUCGUCCACUAGGUAUGCCAUUAUCAUUCACUUUGAAUGAAUUGUAUGAUCUAUCAAGAAUGGUGUGCAAUGGUGAAGAAGUCUGGGAGAGUGCAUUUGCUAACAUCGAUGGCUCAAUCGCAGAAUUGAAAAAUGAUCCACAUUUCUGUCAGGAUUUAACAUUCCAGGUCUCCUUAUUGCAUACGGGUUAUGAUAUUCCAUUACAUAGAGAACUAAGAACCGCGCAAACAAUCAACAAUAAUGAGUUAGGCUGGUGUUUAGGUGCAUCCUUACCAUUGUUAGAAGGAACCAAUUGGAGUUGUAAGCUGUCCAAGGCCAUGUAA